UUCCGGUAGCCCAGUCGGAAGGGUUUGGCCGGCGGGAUUACCGGUGCCGUUGGUGUAAUGGCUCCGCUGCUGCGGAUUUUCUGCGUGCACGGUUACCGGCAGAACGAGCGCUCGUUCCGCGAGCGGACCGGCUCCCUGCGGAAACUGCUGCGGAAGCGGGCAGAGUUGCUCUACGUGUCGGCGCCGCUCAGGGUGCCGCCUGUAGGGGGCCCGGAGCAGCAGCUCGGCGGCGGAGACGAGACUCCAUCGACAGAGACCGAGGCAGACAGUCGUGGUUGGUGGUUCUCAAACUCAGAAGAGGAGAGCUUUAAUGCUUUGGACCAUGUUGAGUCCUGCAAAGGACUAGAGGAAUCGCUGGAGACCAUUGCCAAAGCCAUGGCCGAGUUGGGCCCGUUUGAUGGUAUAUUAGGCUUUAGUCAAGGAGCAGCUCUCGUGUCCAUGAUCUGCACCCUCAGGCAGCAGGGAGACCCCAGGUUCCAGUUUAAUUUUGCAAUCCUCAUCGCAGGUUUCAAGAGUAGGUGCAAACUGCACGACCAUUUCUACAGGGAGCCCAUUACACUUCCUUCUCUGCACGUAUUCGGUGAAACCGACCGGGUCAUCCCUGGGGAGCUGAGCCAGGAGCUGUCCACCUCCUUCCUGAAUCCUACCAUUCUCACUCACACAGGAGGACAUUUUGUCCCAGCCUCUGCACCUCAGAAACAGGUUUACUUUGAAUUCCUGGAGAAGUUCCAGCAGAAGUAAUCAAGACCAUAAAUGCUCAUACCAUUGAAACAUUUACUGGAGAUGUGAUAUAUUCAAAUUUUAUUAAUAGUAAAGAAAAAGAAAAUCACAAAUUAUUAUUGUUGCAAAUUGAAGGGAGAGUAUCCAUUUAAAAAAAUAUAUUUUAAGUAGCUUUAUUUGUGACAUGUAUAUCAAGUCAUUCAGUGAAAUGCAUCAUUUGCAUCAAAGGUGAACAGAUGCUGGAGGCAGCCUGCAAACACCACCAUACUUCUGGCAUCAACAUAGCUUGCCCACAACUUUCUAAUCCCUUAACCUGUAUACCUUUGGAACGUGGGAGGAAACCGGAGCACCUGGAGGAAAGCCAGAAGGUCACAGGCAGAAUCCAUAGAUGCUGCCUGACUUGCUGAGUAACUGCUGAGUAAGUGGUUAGACAUUUAGGACUGUCAAAGAAGGAUUGUGAUUCUUUGAAAUUAUACUCCUCAGGGGUACGUAAAUGCUCAGUCAUUACUUAUGCUGUUGAGAUGGAGGUUUGGGCAAGAAAAUAUGAUGGAGGGAGAGAAUCGAUAGUUUUUUGUCAAAUGGUUUUGAGGUGCUCUAUAGGGCACAACUCCUUUUACUUGUUCCCAUGCCAAAGGGCCACUUGGAGCGCCGUGGCACAGCAGUCAGAAGUGUCGUCCCAGCUCUCAGCAGUCCAGGUUUGAUCCUGGUCUCGAUGCAAUUUGUGUGGAGUUAGCUCUUUCUCCCUGUGACUAUGCAGGUUUCCAUCCGGUGCUCCCAUUUCCCAAAGGUGUGCUAGAAGGUUAAUUGACUGCUGUGAGUUUCCCCUGUACAGAUCAGUGGUAGGAGAAUGGGGAAGUCAAUGGGCUUGUGAGAGAGAAUACAGAUAAGUGAGGGAGUGGGAGCUGAACGACCUCUUUAUAUGUUCUAUGGAGGUAUAAAGAACAAACAGCACUAGUUAGCACAAUACUGUUUCAGCACCAGCAUUCGGGGUUCCAUUCCCACCGCUGUUAGGAAGGAGUUUGUGCGUUCUCCCCGUGGCCACAUGAGUUUCCUCUCACUUUCCAAUGAUGUACGGGUUAGUGGGUUAAUUAGUCACAUGGGUGUAAUUGGGCAGCGCGGCUUUCUUGGGCCAGAAGGGUUUGUUACCACGCUGUAUCGUGAAAUAAAAAUAAAUAAAUAUUUGUAUU